AUGAAUCUCUUCACUUUCGUCGUGGCUCUGAUGCCAUUCCUUUCCUUCGCAUUGGCUUGGCCAGCCAAACUGGAGGUCCCCAAUGACAGACAGGAACUCACGGUGGUCUAUCACAGGGUUAACUCCAGAGCCUCAGUCGACGCCCUUUCCCGUGGUGCUCUUGUGGGACGAGACUGCUCGGCAACCCUCAAUACAGGCAGCUUCGCAAACCUGCCCAUCAUCUUCGAUGUCGAUGAACGUGGCAGCGGCAACCUCACUGUCGGCCCGAAUACCUACCAGAUCCACGAACGCUUCGAUUACUCUGGCGGUAUCACGUGUGGUCGCAUGUAUAACGAUGUGGAAGCUGUCACAUCCUGCACUGUCACCAUACCUUCCGAGUUCGAAAUUUCGCCGUUGAGCAGGCUCCAUGUUACGGAGUGCAUCGCAAAGGAUGCUCAUACCCUUUCAAAGACCCUGAACCUAGCUACACGCGCGCUCUCGGACCCAAACAGCCGCAACCAGACGGAGAACAUUCCGAUUCGCCCUCGUCAGGACUGCAUCGAUGAAGACGCAGACACUAUCCGGUGGUCCUGUGGUGAUCCUCACCAGAACUUUUACCAUCGUCAGUUGAGCGUCGGAAAAGUCUGUGGAGACCAAGAGACCUGCGUUUCGUCGUUCAAUAACCCAGGCGGUGUCUCCGUUUCCUACACUGCAAGUAUGCCUCUAGAGAAAUGGAUCUCGGGCGAUUUCUAUGUCCAACAGGAUUGGAAGACAGGCACCAACUACGAAUGCACCGGCCACAAGGGCGAGACUGUGUGUGUUUGGUACAAGUUCGCUCAUACCGCAUACAGGGUGCAGAAUGACUUCCAAAACUCAUGUGGGUGGGAACACAAGACCGACCCAUUCAUUCUCUUCUCCCCGAACAAAGAGGGCAUCAACGGCGGUCAAUACUGUGUCAUAGGCCCGUGCCGGAAUGAGGGAGAUUGGUAUUGGGACUACAAUGGCCCUGCUGGCGACGCGAAAGGAAACUAUGGAUGUUAA